CUAAGGGCAAUAAUCAUGGGACACAUAAUGUUCAUGGUCAUUGAGUUCUACACGUUUUACUCAAAUGGUUUUGUGGCACAAAUGUCGGCCCAUGAUUUAGCACCCACCAACAAUCUGUUUAAUGGGUUUCUGAAAACCCAUUCCGUUGCUAAUCUACUACACGUCAAGCCUUACCAUUACGGCCCAUCCUAUCUGAAUGGCCUAAUAUUAGGCGAUUUAAUGAAAACCACUUCAGAUGUCCGCCAAAUAUACGAUAAUAUUUACGUCAAAACAUGUGUCAAACCAUUGGCUCUGUUUUGGGUCCUCAUAACUACGGCAACCUUUGUAAAGACGACCCUUUUUGGUCACUUCGCACCGGCUUCGGGCCCCGUAUGCCUCGUUUGGCCCAAUAGCCAAAGUUUCGCGUAA